AUGUUUCCAGAAAAUGGCACCCCUGCAACAUCAGCUGGAGAAACAAAUCUUAUCCUCCAACAACCAGGAGCAUCUGGUCUCCAACCAGCACCAAUUUCAACAGCAACAAACACUACAACUACAACAGUACCUACAACAGCAACAGCCACAGCUCCAACAGUGAGUACUAAUGCACCAGUCAUUGCAUAUCAACCACCACCUCAACCAUCUACCCAACCAAUACCACCAGAACUUGCUAAUAAUGGAAUGAGAUCCUCAAUUGCCCACAUAAUCAUUCCUCAACAACCACAAACAAUGGAAGAAUUAAGGAAAAUUGCUUCGAUAGCUGAGAUGACAGUUAACCAAACAAAAUCUCAAGAUGAAACUAACCUAAAUGACAAUGUGGAAAAAUUUGUGGCAUCAGCUGAAGCCAGACUCAUGGACAACUUGGCAGAAAGAUUCUCAAGCACCAUUUCUGCCAUCAAUUCUUCCAUGGACGAAAAAUUGACCAGUUACAACCCAAAUACCAAUAGACUAGUUGAAAACCAUCAGUAUGAACAACAACAAUAUCAACCACAACAACAGGCUUAUUACCAACAUCAGUACCAACCACAACUCCAGAAUAACUAUCAGCCACGACAGAAAUUCCAACAAUUCCAGCCACGCCAGCAAUUCCAGCAAUUCCAACCACGCCAGCAAUUCCAGCCACAACAGCAGAAUAGACCAAGAUAUCAGUAG